CCUAACGGGCAGACGAAGCCGCUGCCCGCGCUGAAGCUGGCGCUCGAGUACAUCGUGCCCUGCAUGAACAGGCACGGCAUCUGCGUGGUGGACGACUUCCUGGGCAAGGAGACCGGGCAGCAGAUCGGCGACGAGGUGCGCGCCCUGCACGACACCGGCAAGUUCACGGACGGCCAGCUGGUCAGCCAGAAGAGCGACUCGUCCAGGGACAUCCGGGGCGACCAGAUCACCUGGAUCGAGGGCAAGGAGCCCGGCUGCGAGACCAUCGGGCUGCUCAUGAGCAGCAUGGACGACCUGAUCCGCCACUGCAACGGCAAGCUGGGCAACUACAAGAUCAACGGCCGCACCAAG